UGUUGAUGACGUCGAGGUAAUGGCCGCUCUCGCCGUGUCGUGCGGAAUGUUUUAUUUUCUCCACCAUAGCUGUUAAAAUAAACCGUACAGUAUUUAUUGUAGACUGUAAAUAAUACUAUCAGUGGGAGAGGGCAGUUCUUAACGCAGCAGUGCCGUCUUUGAAGAGCUCCAGGUCGGCAAGAAUAAUCUCUAAUGGAUACUCCUGAAAGCCCUACUCAGUCCCCUCAGUCUCCUGAGGAGGAGGAGAAGGGCCUUUCUGACAGUGAGCUGUUGGAUUCGCCUGAUGAAGAGGAGGACAGGGUCAUCUCAGACAGUGAGAUUGUCCAUGAAGAGGAGAAUGGGGGGCUUGGUGAGGAGGAUGAAGAGGUGCUGGAAAGCAGAGGAAGAAGUUCAGAAUUAGAGGAUGAGAGGGAAGAAGACGAGGAGGUGGUCCCUGACUUUGUCUCUGACCCAGAGGAUGAGGAACCUGUCGGGGAAACAGAAGGGAUGGGACAGGAGGAUGGAACCAUUAUGCUGAUGGAGGGGGAUGAAGAUGGUCCACAGAGGGACCAGUUAGAUGGAGAGGAUGAGAGGGAUGGCGACGAGCAAGAGGAUCGCGUCAUCGACACUCCACAGUCUCCAGACUCAGAGCCAGAGCAGGGGAAGAGCUUCAUUGUUGAAGAGGAUGGAGAAGACAGGGAGGAAGAAUACACUGACUACAGAAAAGACAACUUAACAGAGCCAGAGACAGCUGAGUUGGAUGAUGAGGAGGAGGAAGACAAAAGCAAGGCUGAGGAGGAAGAGGAGGAUGAAAGAAUGAGAGCUCAGGAGGAGGAGAGGAGGAGAGCUGUUAAGGUGAGGGAGAUGAAGGAUGAUUCGGCGUCUGUUUCCCGAGAACUGGACGAGCACGAACUGGAUUAUGAUGAGGAGGUCCCAGAAGAGCCCAGCAUCCCUGCACAUGAGGAAGAGGAAGACGAGGAGGAAACAAAAGCGGAGGGAGAAGAAGAGGAGGAGAGUGAGGACAAGAGCAGUAAGAAGAAGGAGAAAAAACCAAUCCUCCCCCCAUCUCCUAAAGACUCUAAAGGGCCUGAGAGGAGUCGCAGAGAUUCCUUCAGAGACAAGAAGAAGGAUGAGGAUGAUGGAGAGAUUGAUGAAGGAGAGAUUGAUGAUGAUGAUCUGGAGGAGGGGGAGGUCAAAGAUCCCUCAGACAGGAAGAUUAGACCACGUCCCAUCUGCAGGUUCUUCAUCAAAGGAAAUUGCACUUGGGGUAUGAACUGUCGUUUCAUCCACCCUGGAGUCAACGACAAAGGUAACUAUUCCCUCAUCAGUAAGCCAGACCUCUUCUCACCAAAUGGAGCGCCCCCUGGAGGACCACACCCACUCAUACCCAAUAAUCCCUGGGCUGGACCUGCAGUGGAGGAGCUUCCUCCACCACCACCUCCAGUGGAGCCUCCUGUGGAGAGUGCCUGGGAGCGAGGUCUAAGGCAUGCCAAAGAGGUGCUGAAGAAGGCCACCAUCCGUAAGGAGCAAGAGCCAGACUUUGAGGAGAAGCGUUUCAAUGUGACCAUCGGAGAGGACGAGAGAGAAUUUGACAAAGAAAAUGAUUUCUUCAGAGAGCGCAGCUAUCGCAUCAUCAGAGAUGAAAUGGAAUUCAGAGAUCCUAUAUAUGGUGACCCAUAUGCUGAUCCAUACUAUGAUUAUGAAAUGGAGGCUCUGUGGCGAGGUGGCCAGUAUGAAAACUUCAGAGUGCAGUACACAGAAGCUCCUCUUCCAUACCACUACAAUGAACGCGAACGUGAUCGUGACCCGCGGGAGCGGCACCGGGACCGGGAGAGGGAAAGAGAUCACCGCGAGAGGGAGCGCCGACAGAGAGAGAGGGAGAGAGAGCGGGAACGUGAAAAGGAGCGGAUGCGGCGGAAAGAAGAGUGGGAGAGGGACCGGAUGAAGCGGGAUGAGAAGGACAGGCCGAGGAUGCGUCCUCCUCGAGACACCAGGGAGAAGAAAGACGAGGACAAACUGAAACCACGCUCUCCCCUCAGCCUGCCACCAAAUAGGCCGAUGGAGCCUCCCUCAAAUAAGGAGGUUGUUCCAGUCAUGAGGCGACCAGAUGAGUGGAAGGACCCGUGGCGUCGGUCCAAAUCUCCCAGAAGGCGCCCCGGGCUGGGCUCCCCACCUCGAGGCCGCCGGCGACAUCGGCCCUCAGGCUCCUCUGUCUCUCUGUCCAACUCCUCCAGGUCUUCAUCUCGCUCUUCAUCCUAUACAGGCUCUGGGUCUUCUCGUUCCCGUAGCCGCUCUUCCUCCUUCAGCUCCUACUCCAGCCACUCCUCUCAGCGCAGCUCCUUCAGUGGCAGCCGCUCUAGGUCUCGAUCAUUCUCCACAUCCCCCUCACCGAGUCCAGCAGCACCAAGGAAUACCAAGAACAAACCAGAUCUCCCCCCCGUGUUAGCUAAAGGCAUGCCGCUGAAGCCGGGUGCCAUGCCCCCUCCUCGCAGGGACAAGCCUCCCAUGAAGAAAGCUCCCAGUCCUCCUCCACCUGGUGGACUGCAGGGCAGGCCCCCCAAACCCCUGCCAGAGGGAGGAAAGCCUCCCACCAAUCCCCGGGAGGCUGGGGGCACAGGAGGUGGGGCAGGCAGCGGUGGAGCGGGUAGACCCUUGCCUCCAAGGGAACCUGGAAAACCUCCCAACCCGAGGGAAGAUAGGCGGAAAGAACGGCAGCAGCAUCCUCCCCGGAGGCGAACUGUGAGUGGGAGUGUUAGUGGAAGUGGUAGCAGUUAUACCGGUUCUAGCUCCAGAUCCAGAUCCAGAUCCUCCUCCAACUCCCUGUCACGCUCACGCUCAGGAUCUCGAAAAUCCAGGAAAUCCAGAUCGCUGAGUGUGAGCAGCGUGUCAUCAGUGUCAUCAGCAUCAUCCAGCAGCAGCUCCGUGCGUAGCGCAGACUCGGAUGAUAUGUAUGCUGACCUGGCCAGUCCGGUGUCUUCUGCCAGCUCCCGCUCGCCCACACCAAAUCACCCCCGCAAGGAGCGAGGGGCUGCGCGGGACCGGCCUCCACACAGCAGAGACAAGAACAGGGAGAGACCAUCAAAGAAAGAUGAACCCUUCAGGGAGGACCGCAGGAAGGUUGACUCUUCCGGUGCUCCACCUAGAGGAGGCAACCCCAUGCCUAGAUCAGGACCCGGUAGCAGGGGUGGCCAUCCUGUACAUCCCCCACCUGGCACCAUGGGCCCGCCAGGAAGCUAUGGAGGUUCAGGUUCCCACAAAGACAUCAAACUCACCCUCCUUAAUAAGCAGCAGGGAGAUAAGGGCAACAGAAAGAGGUACCUGCCUUCAGACAAAGACAGGCCAGGCUCCCCCCUCAGCAAGAGAAUGGCCAUGUCUCCAGACAGAGGCCGUGAUAAGAGGAUUCCUGGCCGACCUCCACUCUCCCCUCGAAUGGAUCGGCCCAGAGGCCAAGGGCCCCGACCCAUGCCCCCCCAGGGAGACAGAAAACGUCCUCUGUCACCACCCCCCAAGUCAUCUGGGAAAGGCCCAGUGGCGCCAUCCAGCAAGCCAGCCAUCCCGGGCUCAGCUUCGGCCAUCAGCUCAGGCUCGAGCUCAGGCUCGGGCUCCAACAAACCCAGCAACACACUGUCCCGCCGCGAGGAGCUGCUGAAACAACUGAAGGCUGUGGAGGACGCCAUCGCCCGGAAACGAGCAAAGAUCCCCGCCAAAUAAAGGGAAGCCCACUCCUCGCCUGUUCGCCUGCCUGCCAGUCUGCCUGCCUGCGCGGCUUCGAUGCUGGGGCAACAGUGAGGGUCAUGGGAUUGAGCGUUUUCCCCCUGCCUUCCGUGGACGUGUAAAAAUGUUGUAUGGUUCAUGUAAAAAGGCUAUUGUGUAAGUGAACAGGAAGUGGCUGCCACGAAAACCAUCUUCUGCUUGUUUGCCCUCAGAGAGGUUUGGCUCCGCUCCAUUCUAGAGUGUCUUUCACUCCCAUAUGCCCGACUUUUACUCCCCCUUAAAAGCCUUGAAUGUCUUGGCUGCGGUUAACCUCAUCAAGGAAAAACGAGAAAACAUGGGCAUUUGGUGAAGGAGGGACAUCUCAGGAAUGGAGUGUCUUUGUGUAGACUUUACAGAUACACAAGGGUAGUAAGGUGCACUUGAUCACUUGCUGCUCACUGUUCGUUCAGUGAAAAGGAAGCAUCUUCCUCAUCUGAUGUGAUGAAUGACAGAUUUAUACACAUUGAAUCUACUACUUCUGUCUGUCUUUCUCUGCCCCCUUUUAUCGUCUUGUUCUCUUGCAUUUUUUCUUUAGUUUGUGGAGUGGUGUGACUGUUGGGUCAGCUCUACAGGGUACUGACAGCCCACAGGGCUUCACAACACUUCUUUGUAUAAAUCUACAGAUUCUUGAGCAUCCAUAUUCGGCCCCUGUAAGCAAUCACGAGCCCAAGCUUUGUUGAGAGGGGGCCAAUGUUAACCAGUGACUCGUCUGCGUUCUGUGUUUUAGGGCAGUGUCCACUGUCACAACUUGUACAAUAAUAGCAACUCAUCAGAUUCUUUAAAGCGUAUGAUUAAAGACAACAGUGAUGUGAAGUAUUGCUUUCUUUUUUUUUUAAUCUACAGAAUUUUGUUUUCUUCUUAGCUCUUAAGUGAUAAACUGAUGUUUUAUUUGUGUCACAUUUUUAGUUGGAGUAUGAGAGUUGAACCGGGGACAUUUAGAGACAAGAUAUGUCUUGCUUUUGUGACAAAAGCCUUCUAAAUAAACUAUUUUGAUAAAGAGAA